AUGGAGCAGUUUCCUUUCGGUCGUAGGGACCACAGCGGCGGCUGCCGACCCCACCUGGCCCCGGGGCUGAGGGCCGCUCCUUCUGCGUCGGCCCCGCGGCCUGUGUCGUCGGGGGUCCCGGUGUCUGCGGCUUUUCUGCGGCCUCCUGGCCUGAUUCUGCGAUCCACCGCCGGCGCGGUUCGCGGAGGAUGCGCUCCCGGCCCGGGGCUGGAUAGGGCGCUGGGGGCGGUGGGCUGCGGCUACCCGCGGACCCCGAAGUGCGCCCGCUGUCGCAACCACGGUGUGGUGUCGGCGCUCAAGGGCCACAAGCGCUUCUGCCGCUGGCGGGACUGCGCGUGUGCCAAGUGCACCCUGAUCGCCGAGAGGCAGCGCGUCAUGGCCGCGCAGGUGGCGCUGCGCAGGCAGCAGGCGCAGGAGGAGAGCGAGGCCCGCGGGCUGCACCGCCUCCUGUACCCGGGGCCGUCGGGGCCCGGGGCUCCGGCGUCGUCGGGAGGCAGCGGCAGGACUGAGAGUCCCCAGGUCCUGCGCAGCUCUGGGGCCGUGGCUAUGCUGGGAGCGGGGGCCUCUAGGCACCCUGGGAGCCGGGCGGUCCCCGCUUUCGAGGUUUUCCAGCAAGACUGCGCGGAGGGAAAGCAGGAACCAAAAGAGAGAAACUGUGAGUCGUGUCAUGGUAGACAUGAAGACCCAGUCUCCAACCCCCAUCACUGUUCUCUGGGAACAUCUCAGGGUAAUGGCACCAUCGAGAAACAGGCCUUCAUGUCAUCUAUUGCAGAACACUCAGACAAGUCCACCAUCAUCCUGUCGCCUUCCCCCACGGAGCAGUCAGGAGGCGAGGAUAGUCCCAGGUCCUUCUCUUCCUCUGACCUGGAAUCAGGGAAUGAAAGCGAGUGGCUCAGGGACUAUCUCGCUACCAAAGCCAGACUCUCCACGGUCAACUCAAGACCGCGAGACCCUCUCGGAAUUCUCACCAGGAUUUUUCCAAGUUACAGGCGUAACCGCCUAGAAGGCGUUCUACAGUUCUGCAAGGGAGAUGUAGUCCAAGCUAUCGAGCAUAUCUUAAACGGAAAAGAACACAAGCCAGACUGCAGGGACCUCGCACAUGCAGACUUGGAAAACGCAGCCUUUCAGAGAGCUUCGGAGUUUAGUCUUGCUGGCAUUGGCUUUGGGACUCUUAGUAAUAAAUCAACCCUCUCUCCUCUUGAAGCCACGUCUGCUGCUUACGGAGGAGAUUCAAGUCUCUACAGUUUCAAUCCUAGACUAGCUUUCAGCCCGCUGCGCCUGGCAUAUUCUUCUCCAGGAAGAGCGCUGUCUGGUUUCGUGUCGCCCUACCUAACGCCUGGACUGGUGCCAGCAUUGCCCUUUCAGCCAGCUUUGGAUUACGCCUUUCCAGGGAUGGUUAGGGAGCAGUCCCACCUUCCCAGCAAGCACUUGGUAACUGGUGGUAGACUUUAUUUCAGGCCCAAUCAGGAACAUCUGUAAUACAUCCAGUCUACCAUUCUGUAGUGUUUCUGUAACCACCCAACCUGCACGCACGCACACGCACACACACGCGCAAAAUCUGUUAAUGUACUUCAUUGAGUAUAUGAGUAGCUUCCCAGUUUAAGUGCUAUUUUCUAAGCAGUAUAAUAAACUUUAAAUUUGAAGACUUUUCUUUAGCAUUUGUUAAAAAAAAAUUGUACAUUAUAUGUGCCUUGAAUAGACCUGUUUCAGGAAAUACUUCUAUUUUAAACUAUUGAAUUUUCUUCAUAAAUUAACACUAUUAUUGUAAAGCCAUACCUGCUUUUAUUUUAUUGUAAAGUUUGGUUUAUAGUUGUGAAAAUUUGUAAAAAGCAACUUAUACAGUAGAAAAUGAGCAAGGGAGAGGGUUGGCAAGAUUUUAUUACUCUAAAAGGAAUCCCUUUCCCUUUCUGUCUCUAGCUUCUUUUCCCUUCCCCCUUCUCUUCUGCCACAGGUAUUUAAAAAUAUUUUAUUUGCAGAUAAAUGAUCAGUAGUAAAUAAAUCUAAUACAUUUGAAUAUAUUAUUUUUGGAAUGUCUGACUUUUCGCUCUCUAGCUACUAUUUGUAAAAAGGAAAGUUUGUUUUUUUUUUUUUUUUUUUUUUUUUUUUUGCAAACAGUUCUCUUUAAAGUUAACCUUGUAAAUGCACAAGGAACUACCCGAUUUUAAGAAGCAGGACCCUGCCCUCUUCUGGCCACUAUCACAAAUUGCAAUUCAGUUCUUCUGAGUAAACCAGAAGCACAUGAUUUUCUGUCACAGGCUAACAAGUUUAUGAAAUAACCAUUUUGGAUCACGCUGCAUUCAAUUUUCAUGUUGUGACUUUCUAUUGGAGAUUAUUUUAAUUUUUGGGUGCUGUAUGUUUCUAUCUGGGCAAACAGUCCUUUGUAUUUGUUUGAGAUAGUAAUAUGUCACCCAUUCUCAAUGGUAAAAAUAAUUUUAUUCAGAAAUUAAGAUACUUGCUCAGACAAA